AUGAUCUACAUGUCACAGAUGUAUACAUUAUUUUCGUGUUACAACUGAAGAUAGCAUUCAUAGAUCACGAGCACCUGUGUAACAACUUCCGCUUGGUGGUAAGGAGAGUAAUGCGAGGUAGGGACUUCCGUAAGGUUUUUGUUGCACCUCCCAAUCCAUGUUCUUGUAUCAACCACCGCGUGCAUAAAUAAUCAGCAAAGAUGGAGGAAGAGAACGGAGUGUCGAUGGACGGAAUAUCAAAUUAUGAAAUGGAGGGAUCCUCCGAUAUUGACGAAAGGCUCGACAGAGGAUCUGUAAAGCAAGAAUUUAUGGUACCGAAUGAAUUGAGUGAAGACAAAAUGGCAGUAAUGCAAGCAGGUGAAAUACAGAGUAAUGACAUGUCUAUGGGGAUGCAAAAUAGUGAGAUACCAAUGGACAUGCAAAGCGGCGAUAUGACAAUGGGUAUGUCUCCAAACGACAUGACUGGAAGUGGAAUGGCUAUGUCUCCAAAUGACAUGACUGGAAGUGGCAUGGGUAUGUCUCCAAAUGACAUGACUGGAAGUGGUAUGGGUAUGUCUCCGAAUGAUAUGACUGGAAGUGGUAUGGGUAUGCCACCAAACAAUAUGCAGAAUGAAAUGGGGUAUCCGCCCGGCGAUAUGGGAAGAUUCAACCGAUUCCCUGGUCCAGGAGGACCUAUGCGAGGACGAGGAGGCUUUAUGGGUCCCCGUGGACCAAGGGGUCCCCCUUUCCGUGGACCACCUGGACCACCAGGGCGAUUCAGAGGCCCACCUGGGCCAAUGGGUAUGCGUGGGCCACCUGGAAUGAGAGGCCCACAUGGACCAGGACCUAUGCGGGGUCCAGGAGGGCCCCGUGGGCCACCAAUGUUUGGCAGACCCCCGUUUGACCCUAAUUAUGGUCCACCCCAAGGCAUGGGCCCACCUGGACCUGGUAUGCCAAUGAGUGGUCCCAACAACAUGUCAAUGAAUGGCCCAGGUGGAAUGUCCCAUGGCAUGCCUCCUCCAGGAAUGCCACCCCCAGGCAUGCGCCCACCAAUGAUGCCUCCGCCAGGAUUCCCUCCACCUAACUUUAACAUGCCACCACCCGGCUUUCCCCCAACAUCAGGAGGAAUGGGUCCACAGAUGGGUCAGGGUGGUCUUGCAGGUUUAGAUCCUAACCAAGAAUUAUGGGUGGAAACAAAAACAGCAGAAGGAAAGGUUUAUUACUAUCAUGCUCGAACGAGAGAGGCUUCAUGGACAAAGCCUGAGAACUGCAAGAUCAUAACACAGGAGGAGGUGGAGGCUAUGGCACAGGCACAAGCAGGACGAGCUGUGCCCUCUACAGCUGCCCAAGCAGCAAUGGCUCAAGCUCAAGUAACCAAUCACCAGACAUCUCCAGACCAGACUGCUGCACAAACAAUGUCAGCACACUCUGGUAUGCCAGUUGGUGGAAUGCCUCAGGGGAUGGGCAUGGGGCAAGGAUAUGGUCCUGGCAUGAUGCAAGGCUUUAACCCACAGAUGAUGCAGCAGCAUCAAUCCCAACAACACCAGCAGCAGCAAAUGAUGAUGGCUUCCAUGGGCCAAGCAGUAGCUGCUGCAGCUUCGGCAGCAGCAGCAGUUGUAGCUGCUGCCACAGCUGCUGCAGCCUGUGAAAACAGUUCGCCUGAAGCCGCACUUGCCGGCCAAGACUCUACUGCCAUGCAGAAGACUCCCUCAUCUCAGUUGCCACCUAAACCACAAGAAGUUCAGGAAUGGUCAGAACACAAGAAUACUGAUGGACGAAGCUAUUACUACAACUCACGCACCAUGGAGUCCACAUGGGAGAAGCCACAAAUACUUACAGACUGGGAGGCAAAGGUAAGUCAAACUCAAACACAGGAGGCAGCACCUGUACAGAUCAAACAGGAACCAGCACCUGGCAGUUCAUCUCCUUUGACAGCAGAACAGACCCAGAUGGACACAGACAUAAUUAAGGAAGAAAAAAAGGAGCAGCCAGUUCAGGAGGAAAAGGUAGAGCAGCAGAAAAUAGUGGACAAAUCACGUCCUGUCUCCAGCACACCUGUUCCUGGCACGCCUUGGUGUGUUGUGUGGACUGGGGAUGGCCGAGUUUUCUUCUACAACCCAAGCCAGCGCGUAUCUUUGUGGGAGAAACCGGAGGAAUUACAGGGACGGUCUGAUGUGGACAAGCUUCUUCAGGGCAACAAGGACCCAGUCAAAGAAGAGGAGAAGAAGAAAGAAGAGGAGGAUGAGGAACCACAGGCAAAGCGCAAGAAGGUGGAGAAAGAGGAGCCAAAGGAGGAGAAGAAGGAUGCACCAAAACAGAUCGACAUGGGCAAAGAGGCAGCCAUAGAAGCGGAGGUGCAGGCAGCCAGACAGCGGGCAGUGGUCCCCCUUGAAAUCAGGAUGAAACAGUUCCGCGAUAUGCUGGCAGAGAAAGAGGUAUCGGCCUUCUCCACGUGGGAGAAAGAGCUUCACAAGAUUGUGUUCGACCCUCGCUACCUUCUGUUGACGUCGAAGGAACGUAAGCAGGUGUUUGACCAGUAUGUGAAGGAGCGGGCAGAGGAGGAGCGCCGUGAAAAGCACCGUAAAAUGAAAGAGAGGAAGGAAGCAUUCCGUCAGUUGUUGGAGGAUGCCAAACUGCAUGGAAAGUCCUCCUUCAGUGACUUUGCUUCAAAGUAUGGUAAAGAUGAGAGGUUCAAAGGCAUUGACAAAAUGAGAGAUCGCGAGUCUGUCUUCAACGAGUUUGUUUCGGACAUGCGUCGCCGUGAGAAGGAAGAGAAGUCAAGUCAAAGAGAAAAGCUCAAGACGGAUUUCAUGAAGCUGUUGAAGGAAACAUCUGGGAUUGACCGUCAUUCUCGAUGGAGUGACAUUAAGAAGAAGAUCAACUCUGAUCCUCGUUACGAGGCUGUGGACAGCAGUUCUCGUCGCGAGGACUGGUUCAAGGAUUACAUCAAGACCCUGGAUGAGCAGGACUCCGAAGACGAAGAACGCAAGGAGCGAGAAAAGCAAGAACGUAUUGAGGCUAGCAUAAAGAAACGUGAGGAGGAAGUGCAGCGCUCUCUCUCUCAGUCGCUGAAAGAACGUGACAAGGAGCGAGAGCAACAUAAGAAAGAUGAAGCUGUCCAGCAUUUCAACGCCUUGCUUGCAGAUUUGGUGCGGAAUCCAGAGAGUUCAUGGCGUGAAACACGAAAACAGCUGCGCAAGGAUCACCGCUGGGAUUUGACAGAGCAGCUGGACAAGGAGGAAAAGGAAAAGCUGUUUGAGGCCCACAUUGAGAAUUUGACACGUCGCAACAAAGACAUGUUUCACAAACUGCUUGAAGAAACUGCAAUUUCUUUGACAUCUUCAUGGAAAGAGGUUAAGAAACUGAUAAAGGAUGAUCCACGCUACAGCAAAUUCUCUUCCAGUGACAGGAAACGUGAAAAAGAAUUCAAUGAGUACAUGCACGAAAAGUUUGUCAAUGCAAAAACAGAGUUCCGGGAGCUUCUGAAAGAAACAAAGACGAUCACACACAAGACCAAGAAGGCUAUUGAGGAGAAUGAAAACCACUUGGCAGAUAUUGAAAAGAUACUGCAGAAUGACAAGCGUUACCUGACGCUGGAUUGUGUCCAAGAUGAACGUCGCAGCAUUCUAAUGCAGUACAUCAACGACCUUGACCGCAAGGGGCCACCCCCACCACCAACAGCCUCAGAGCCUUCUCGCCGGAGCACGAAAUAAAGGACCAUUGUUCUAUAUGCUUGACGUUUUAAGUAAAAUUUGUAUGACAUUUUCUUGGGUACCUCGAAGUUUCUUGUUUAAAACCUUUGCCACUGCAUCUUUUAAAAAACAAGUAUGGCUUAGUGUGAAAUCAGCAUCAUUUUAUAAACAAUUUUUGAGUGCUUAAUGCUAGUUGGAUUAAUUCAAAACCUGAUUCUCUAAGGGUAAUUGUUAGCAUAAAUGUUUUAUUGAGUAGGAUUUGAUUUUGUGUCGCGGCAGUAUGUCAAGGACAAAAUGGUGCUUCAAAUGGUAUUUCAAGGAAAAUAAAGUACCAGCCAAAAGAA